AUGAUUUCCUCAUGGCUUCGUUUCUCAGCAAUCCCAUUGCUUCUGUCAACUGCCAUUGCCCUUGAUCUUCCCAUUUAUCCUGGGCUCCGAACAAACCAGUCUCGACCAGGCGUACUUGAAAUUGCCUUUAACAACACAAAAUCUGAAGUCAACGUUUGGGGAGAGGACGCUCUGUCUGGACUCUCUGAUGUAGUUCAAAAGCUACAAAGUGACACUGAGAUUAAAGUCGUCUUAUUUACGAGCGACGUCCCACUAUAUUUCUUGAAUCAUUUAGACCUCCUCAUCCAACCUUUCGACACCACUAUCGCAAGUCGAACUAUUGAGCUACUUUUCAAUAUGACGAACCUCCAACAAAUUACCAUCGGUGCAAUUGAGGGCGUAGCACGUGGCGCAGGCAACGAGUUUCUCGUUUCCCUUGAUAUGCGCUUUGCUACUAAGACCCAUACGCUUCUCGGACAACCCGAAAUUGGAGUUGGUCUUAUCCCUGGUGGCGGAGGAAGCCAGUACCUACCCCGCCUGAUUGGACGUGGUCGUGCAAUGGAGUAUAUCCUGAGUGGCAAAGAUGUUGGUGCUGUAGAAGCAGAGCGCAUAGGCUGGAUCAACAAGGCUUUUGACACUACAGCAGAGAUGAAUGGCCAUAUUGAUGAUCUCAUCUCGCGUAUGGUCUUAUUCCCGAUUCAUGCUCUUGGCCUUGCCAAGCAGUCAAUCAAUGUAGCGACAAGGCCCCAGCUUAGCGAUCUCUUAGGCGAUUCGGACAAGUUCUUACAAGCGUCUAGUCCUGCUUCCCAGGCCCUUAUCGGGAAAUCAUUGGAGUUAAGUGCAAAUCAGUCAGAUGGUGAUAUCGAACGGUUCUUUGGAGAAGCUAUACCAUUAUUGUAUAACUAG